GUGUAUGCAAUUGGACCAAGCCUCAGAUUUGUAUCCCUGCCACAAGAAAGUCCGACUUUUCUACACAAGCCAACAAAUAAAGGGUUUAAGGAUUCUAUUCUCCUCCCAUAACCCAGCAACAUUUUCUGCCUGAAAAUGGAUCACUGAAAUUUGCAUCCAAAAAUCUUAUAUACAUAUAAUGAGUGCAAAUCAGCAGAUGGGUAUUCUUUUUUUCUUGAUAAAACCAGGUUGCUGCACCUAUUCACAUUGAUUUAAGGAUCAAUCAACAACAGAAGCGGCACCAUGGUUACACUGGAACAACAACCUUUGAGAAUCAAUGAAGAUUACAAUUACAACGCAGCUGCUACUGCUAAAUAUUAUUUUGGAUUCUGUGCUGUUGGUGGAAUGCUCAGUGCUGGCACCACCCACCUCGUCAUGACUCCUCUUGAUGUCUUGAAAGUCAAUAUGCAGGUGAACCCUGUCAAGUAUAACAGCAUAUGCUCCAGUUAUAAGACUCUUCUGAGAGAGCAUGGGCCGUCUGCUUUUUGGAGGGGUUGGGCAGGGAAGUUCAUUGGAUAUGGGGUUCAAGGUGGUUGCAGAUUUGGCUUAUAUGAAUACUUCAAGAGCCUUUAUUCUAAUGUACUGCCUCACACCAACAGGAGUUUGAUCUUCUUUAUCAGCAGUGCUUCAGCUGAAGUGUUUGCCAAUUUGGGUCUCUGCCCUUUUGAAGCUAUUAAAGUUAAAGUCCAAGCUCAACCCCAUUUUGCCAAGGGAUUGUCUGAUGGAUUUCCUAGGCUUUAUGCUUCAGAAGGACUUUUUGGGUAUGAUCAUUCACAACCCGAAUCUAAAUUCCGUUUAGGUGUUCAUGAAUGUGUUUCUUGUUUCGUUUAUUCUACCUCUGAAAGAGUCAUUUUUACUUCUUAUUGCAGCUUUUACAGAGGGCUUGUUCCACUUUUCGGUCGAAAUCUUCCAUUCUGUACGGUGAUGUUCUCAACGUUCGAGCAUUCCGCGGAUCUUCUAUAUCGUAAAGUCAUGCAAAGAAGGAAGGAGGACUGCACAAAAGCUCAACAGCUGGGUGUCACUUGUAUGGCUGGAUAUGCUGCUGGUUCUGUUGGUAGCUUUGUUUCUAAUCCUGCCGACAACAUUGUCUCGUGCCUUUAUAAUGGCAAAGCUGAUAACGUUAUUAUGGCUAUCAAGAAAAUUGGAAUUUCCAACUUAUUCACAAGAAGCCUUCCUAUCAGAAUAAUGCUAGUCGGACCUGCUGUGACCUUGCAGUGGCUAUUUUAUGACACUUUCAAAGUUUUUAGUGGACUAUCUGCCAGCGGAGAAGUUAGAAGUGAAGUAGAAAUAGAUGGAGCAAACUAAAAUAAGGGAUAUGCAGCUAAUAUACUUCUGAAUAAGCAACUACCGCCUAUAAUACAUUUUCGUAUUCCAGAAAAUGCAACUAUAUUCGGAUGGUAGCUUUAUUUGUGCCAUACCAUCAUUGUCAAUUAUGAAUUCUAGCGGACACCGGGAUAUCAAUCAUUCUUUCGGUACAUACACAGAGACAGUUGUAUCAGUUGGUACCUAUAUAUUUGUACAUACAACAAGACAAAUGAUUUUAUAGAGAAUUGUUUUGCGUCUUGGUCAUGAAAAUAUUUACUGAUAGAGAGUUUUGAGUCGAGUUCAGUCUGCCUGUUGUUUGCUACUUGAACCAUCCCAUGCAUUGUGUGCAUCGAGGAGUUUCUACUUAAAUUACUCAAUAUUCUGUGUAA